CCAUAAUCAUUAAGCCAAAUUACGUGAUUUGCAACUUUUUACGAACACCCAUGAACGAAGAUUCCAAUAGUUACCUUGUAGUAACUGGAAAAAUAUCUUUCUUUGGAAACCCUGCAGUGCAGUUCGACAAGUCAUCCUCUCAUGCAUGCAUACACGAGACACAACCUCUGCAUGUUUCAGUCCAUUUUCUUGUCACGUAAUGCUGUCCUUGCGCACGAGGUCGAUGACAGCUCCUCUUCGGUACGAAAGCGAAAGACAGCAGCAUAGAAAACAUCAAAGUUUCCCGCCCUUCGCUCCACUGUUCCUUUCGCCCUGCCUUGUCGUCUUUCAAAAAGACUUUGUAUUCUUUCCACGAAUGAUCGCCGCUCUGUUCUUGGCAAAUCUAACAUCCGCUCUGCACGAAACCGGAAAAGAGAGAGAGAGAGAGAGAGAGAGAGAGCAAGCGACCCAACUGCAUUAAUCUCUUACGACUUUUGUUGUCUUUUGUUUUCUCGAAAUGGGUAGGGCGGUGAGGUGGCUCAAGGGCUUGUUCGGGAUCAAGAAGGAUAAAGAGGUCAAGGACCCCGCCGCCGACGGCCGCCGCGGGCACCAAGAACGCCGCCGCGCCGGGGGCCUGUCCAACAACCCUGCCACGAUCCCGCCGAACAUAUCUGCGGCGGAGGCCGCCUGGCUGAGGUCGUUCUUCGCGGAGGGGUGCGAGGAGGAGCGGAGCAAGCACGCGAUUGCGGUGGCCGCUGCCACCGCUGCGGCUGCGGACGCCGCGGUGGCGGCGGCUCAGGCGGCGGCCGCCGUCGUGAGGCUCACGAGCCGCGGCAGGGGCACCGCGCUCGGCGGCGGCGGCGGGGGCGGCCACGAGAGGUGGGCCGCGGUGCAGAUUCAGGCUAAUUUCAGGGGUUACUUGGCAAGAAAAGCACUGAAAGCGCUGCGAGGGCUGGUGAAGCUGCAGGCGGUGGUGAGGGGCUAUCUGGUGAGGAGGCAAGCCACUGCUGCAUUCCACUGCAUGCAAUCUCUCUUCCGAGCUCAAGCCACCGUCCGGUCCCGCCGGGGUCGCGCUCCUCUCACCGUCCCCCCCGAAGUUUGCGCAGCUGCGGAGUCCCGGCCGCGCAAAUCCACGGGGAGAUCGGAUGAGGCAGGAAGCGAAUACACAGCAUCGCUUCAUAGCAUGAGGCUCUCGUCGUCCCUCGACGCUGCAACAGUAAUCGCAACCUCCGAAGGAAGCCCAAAGAUUGUGGAAGUUGACAAUGGUGGGCGCCAUUCAAGGCCCAUAAGGCCCCACCCUUCCUCUGAUGCGGAUCUCUAUGCUGAGCCCCAACCUCCUCCUCCUCCUCCCCACCCCACGUUCUCCUCUCCACUCCCGCUCCGGGCCCCGCCCCGCCUGUCGAUCCCCGAGCUCCGGAACCUCCCCGACCCCGAGUGGGCCCUGAGCGGCGACGAGUGCCGGUUCUCCACCACGGCGCACAGCACGCCCCGGCUCGCGAGCUCUCGCCGGUGUGGGCCCAGCGGGCCCGCCACCCCGUCCAACAGGAGCUCAUGCGGAGAUGACAACUCCUCCUGGGGGCAAACAGGCGGGAGGUCCCCGAAUUACAUGGCGAGCACGGAGUCGUCGGCGGCGAAGCUGAGGUCGCAGAGCGCCCCGAAGCAGAGGCCGGAGCCGGGGUCCAAGAGGCGGCUCUCGCUCUACGAGGCGAUGGGCUCGAGGAGCAGCUUGAGCGGGGUUAGGAUGCAGAGGGCUUGCUCAAGAGCCCAGGAGGUGAUCAACUUCAAGAAUGCCAUACUGGGAAAGCUUGAGAGGCCCAGUGAGUUUGGCAAAGAGGUGGACAAGAGGAUGUGGUGAGAGAUCAGUGUGGGAGGAUAAGAAAUGCUUCUUGUUGCUCCCUUUUUCAGUCAUAUGUUAAUGGAUAGGAGAUUUUAGUGAAUGAUAGAUUGUAAAUUUGAACGAUGAUUUUUAUUAAGAAGGCUCUACUUCAUAUUAGUGAA